AUGGCGUGUUGCAAGGGUGUGGAAACGUAUGCCGCGGCACAGGUGCUAUACUGGCUCGGGCAUAAUGGAAUGGCCUAUGUCCUCGAUGUCUUCCUGGCAGACACUUCAAGCCUGAAGAAUCGAGGCUGGCUUUUCGCCUUCUCCACCAGUCCGUAUAUUGCAACCACUUUCGCCGGACCAGCAGCUGCUCAAGCGUUCUAUCGAUUUAGCAGCUGGAGAUGGGCCUUUGGGACGUUCACAAUCCUAUUGCCUUCGGCAUCUGUUCCUGUGGUUUCCAUCUUUAUUUUCAGCCGGCGCAAGGCGCGAAGUAAAGGGUACCUGGAGAAGAAGUCCAGCGGCCGAACCUUGCUGCAAUCGGUGCAGCAUUAUUUGGUCGAGUUUGACGUCGUUGGGAUGAUAUUAGUGAUCGCUGCGUUCGCUCUUAUCUUGCUUCCAUUGAGCAUGGCCAGUUAUCAAAACGCAAAAUGGAAGUCCCCGGCGAUUAUCUCGAUGCUCGUUAUUGGAGGAUGUUGUCUUGUGGCCUUCGUUAUCUGGGAGCGUUUUGGAGCUCGCGUCUGCCUCGCGCCAUUUCAUCUACUUGUCGAUGGAACGGUCGUCGGGGCUUGUUUGGUUACCGGCACCGUAUUUCUCAGCUUCUAUUGCUGGGACAUGUACUUCCUGUCUUACCUGCAGGUCGUGCAUAACCAAACGAUCCGAAACGCGGGUUAUAUCGCCAAUAUCUAUAGCGUUGGCACUUGCGUUUGGUCCAUCGCCACGGGAGGGAUAAUCCGUGCCACCGGCCGAUUCAAGCACCUGGCUCUAGCUGCAAUUCCUUUGCAAAUCCUUGGAGUCGGCCUGAUGAUCUUCUGCCGGCGGCCAGGGACGCACGUUGGGUUUGUCAUUUUGUGCCAGAUUCUGAUCGCCCUCUCCGGUGGCACGCUGGUAAUCUGCGAACAAAUCGCAAUUAUGGCAGCCGUCAGCCACAGCCAAGUGGCCGUUGUUCUGGCGAUGCUCGGGCUGUUCAGCAGUAUCGGCAGUGCAAUCGGGCAGGCAAUUGCUGGAGCUAUUUGGACCCAUACGCUGCCCAAAUAUCUGCAGAUAUAUCUUCCUGAAUCCGCCAAGGGCAAGGCCAUGGAGAUUUACGCCUCCUUGCCGACGCAACUCUCGUAUCCUAUGGGAUCACCGGAGCGUGAGGCGAUCAUCUCCGCCUAUGCAGUGGGCCAGCAAUGGAUGUUGGUUGCCGGGAUAUCGGUCCUUCCCGUGGCAAUUGUGUGGGUUUUGCUGUGGAGGAACAUACAGCUGAAGGACAUUGAGAAGGACAAGGGGAUAGUAGUAUAG